GCUGCUGUAAAGCUGAACCCUUAGAGCAAAGGGUUCUUUUUACCUACCAUGUAAGUUUUACAUAAGUUUACAUAAGUUACAUAGAGUCUACUGCAGGUAUUUAGGUUUAAAAUACAUACAGGCCUCCAAACAACACAGAAGGUCUUCUCACAUUUUUGCAUGUAUUUUCUUAAUUAUUAUUUACUUUUGCUUACGCUUAUAUGCUUUAAUCAUUUCUCAAGAGAUCUAUUAAAUUCAGCAUGUUAAAUGCGGAACCUCUAAUACUUAGUGUAAAACGCACUUGUUCCAGAGCACAGCUGAAGGGGGAGCACUUAAACUAUUUUUGAAGACUGUAGGUAUUUUUGUCAUUAAACGGUGAGACGGAGGCAAACUAAAAACGUUUACAAACAAUUAAGUUCGAAAAAUUAAAAGUAAAAAAAAAAAAAGCUGUCAUGAAGUUUAAUCCGUUGGUAUACCAAAAGGCAGAUGUGACGUGUCUUGAGUACUGGAGUUGUGCUUAAUGUUCAUGUUGCUUACGCUUAUUCUUGCCUUGGUUACUUAUGAGAGACUUAACACGCAGCUUUAGAAUAAAACAACAACAAAAAAAAUGUGCACUCGUUUUUCCUCUGUGCCCUUUCUGCUACUGGAUUUCACUCGCGAGGCUUUCUUUGGGCAGCAACACAGAACUUGGUGUCAAUUUGCAGGUACUUUUUUUUCUCAUAGCCCUCAGUGGCUAGUCCGUCACAGAUCCACCCAUAGACUUUCUUCACUGUGAAGCAGCUAUUCCCUGCCUCCUCUUCCUGCUAGCAUUUCAGUCCAGAAGUUAAGGAGUUUGAAGCCUGAGACUUCCUUGAAUUUCUUUUGUAACAAUCGACGCUUAGUCAAGACUGGAAACAAUGCUUCGGGUGAUUGUGGAAUCUGCUACCAAUAUCCCUAAAACCAAAUUCGGGAAACCAGAUCCUAUUGUUUCUGUUAUUUUUAAAGAUGAAAAAAAGAAAACAAAGAAAAUUGACAGUGAACUUAAUCCUGUUUGGAAUGAGAUUCUGGAAUUUGACUUGAAAGGAAUUGCUCUGGAUAAUUCAUCUUCCCUGACAAUUAUUGUGAAGGAUUUUGAAACAAUUGGACAAAACAAAUUAAUUGGCAGUGCAUCCGUAGCACUUAAGGAUCUUGUAGGUAACCAAAGCAGAUCUUUUCCCUUCAAACUCGUACCUCUGCUGAAUGAAAGGGGACAGGAAACUGGAGCAACAAUUGAUUUGGUAGUAGGAUAUGAGCCACCAGCUGGACCUUCAAAUCCAAAUGAUCCAGGAGGGACCAAUACACAAGAAGAUGGAGAAGAUGAUGGAGGUUAUGAGGAUGGCGUGGACGGUCCAGUUGGUGGUAUCACGCCAACGGUUCCAAGUGGCACGAAGGAAGCCCAGCUAGCUAAACGCAUCACCAAAGGAAAAAAAACACGGAGAAUCCUUUCUAACAAACCACAAGAUUUCCAGAUUCGUGUUAGAGUCAUUGAAGGUCGUCAGUUGCCUGGAAAUAACAUAAAACCGGUAGUCAAGGUUCAUGUUUGCGGUCAGACACACCGAACAAGAAUCAAAAGAGGAAACAACCCAUAUUUUGAUGAAAUAUUUUUCUACAAUGUCCACAUGACUCCUUUAGAGUUGCUUGAUGAAACAGUUAGCAUUCGGGUGUAUGAUUCUUAUUCUCUACGAGCAGACUGUCUAAUGGGAGAAUUUAAGAUUGACAUUGGCUAUGUUUAUGAUGAGCCUGGCCAUGCAGUCAUGAGAAAAUGGCUUUUGCUGAGUGAUCCUGAAGAUACAAAUUCAGGAGCUAAAGGCUAUAUGAAAGUCAGCAUGUUCGUCCUGGGAACUGGAGAUGAGCCACCAGUUGAAAAAAGGGAAAGAGAUAAUGAAAGCGAUGAUGUGGAGAGCAAUCUGUUAUUACCUGCUGGAAUUGCACUUCGAUGGGUCACUUUCGUUCUCAAAAUCUACAGAGCUGAGGACAUUCCACAAAUGGAUGAUGCUUUUGCACAGACUGUCAAGGAAAUAUUUGGAGGAGAAGCAGACAAGAAAAACCUGGUAGAUCCAUUUGUGGAAGUUUCUUUUGCUGGGAAAAAGGUUUGCACAAAUAUAAUUGAGAAAAAUGCUAAUCCAGAGUGGAAUCAAAUUAUUUCUCUUCAAAUCAAGUUUCCCUCGAUGUGUGAGAAAAUAAAACUUGCAGUUGUUGACUGGGAUCGUCUUACAAAAAAUGAUGUAGUAGGAACAACAUAUUUAAGUCUCUCAAAAAUUGCUUCUUCUGGAGGAGAAGUUGAAGAAUUUUCAUCUUCGGGAACAGGGGCUUCAUCAUAUGAAGUAAAUACUGGAGAAACUGAAGUUGGCUUUUUACCAACAUUUGGACCUUGUUACCUAAACUUUUAUGGAAGUCCAAGAGAAUACACUGGAUUCCCAGACCCAUACGAUGAAUUGAACUUUGGAAAGGGAGAAGGAGUUGCUUAUAGAGGGAGAAUUCUGCUUGAACUGUCUACAAUACUUGAAAGCAAACCUGUUAAUAAAAAGUUAGAGAUGAUCCCUAAUGAUGACUUACUGGUUGUUGAGAAAUACCAGCGCAGGCGGAAGUUCUGCUUGGCUGCUGUGUUUCAUUCUGCUACCAUGCUGCAAGACACUGGUGAGCCUAUCCAGUUUGAAGUUAGCAUUGGCAACUAUGGCAACAAGUUUGAUACCACCUGUAAGCCUUUGGCAUCAACAACUCAGUACAGUCGUGCUGUUUUUGAUGGUAAUUAUUAUUACUACUUGCCAUGGGCAAACACAAAGCCAGUUGUAACACUGACUUCCUUUUGGGAGGACAUAAGUCAUAGAUUGGACCCUGUGAAUGUAAUCCUAAACAUGGCUGAGAGAUUGCAAUCCAACUUAGCCACCUUAAAAUCAGGAAUGCAGACUAAAAUUUCUGAAAACCGAUUAGCUGAGAUGUGGUUGAAGCUAAUUGAUGAUCUUACAGAAGAUAUAAGUAAACCAUUUCCCCUCAUAGAAGGCAAAUCUAAUAUCACAGUCCUUGACACUCAGAUAGAAAAACUGCGCCUCAAGUCUCUCAAACAGAUUGGAGAAGCAGCAGCAAGGAUGAGAAACGAAGCUACUGAUGUGAAAGCCACUCUGACAGAAAUUGAGGACUGGUUGGAUAAAUUACUGCAACUGAGUGAAGAGCCACAAAACAGUAUGCCUGAUGUAAUCAUAUGGAUGAUCCGAGGGGAGAAAAGACUGGCUUACGCUCGUGUUCCUGCACACCAAGUGCUGUAUUCCACAACGAGCCCCGAAUCAUCUGGUAAAUAUUGUGGAAAGACCCAAACAAUCUUCUUAAAGUACCCACAGGACAAGACAAAAGAUGUCAAAAUGCCUGCAGAGUUGCGAAUUAACAUUUGGCUUGGGCUCAGUGCAGUUGAAAAGAAGUUUAAUAGCUUUGCAGAGGGAACGUUCAGUGUUUUCGCAGAAAUGUAUGAAAAUCAGGCUCUUCUUUUUGGAAAGUGGGGUACCUCAGGCCUUGUUGGUCGCCACAAGUUUUCCGAUGUCACAGGAAAAAUCAAACUGAAAAGAGAGUACUUUCUACCCCCAAAGGGCUGGGAGUGGGAAGGAGAAUGGAUGGUUGAUCCUCAAAGAAGUUUGUUGACUGAAGCUGAUGCGGGUCAUACUGAGUUUACUGAUGAAGUAUAUGAAAAUGAGAGUCGCUAUCCUGGAGGGGAAUGGAAAGCAGCUGAAGAGAGUUACACAGAUGUGAAUGGAGAAAAAGCUCCACCACCAUGUGAGUUCACGUGUCCUCUUGGAUGGAUGUGGGAAGAUGAUGCUUGGAAAUCCGAUUUAAAUCGAGCAGUGGAUGAGCAUGGAUGGGAAUAUGGAAUUACUAUCCCCCCAGACACCAAACCAAAGUCAUGGGUUGCUGCAGAGAAAAUGUACCAUACACAUCGACGACAGAGACUGGUGCGGAAGCGAAGGAGGGAUCCAGCUCAAGCGGUAACAGCAGGAAGGGGAAUGCCAUCGUAUGAAGACCAAGAAGGAUGGGAAUACGCUUCCUUGAUUGGCUGGAAAUUUCACUGGAAACAACGCAGUUCUGAUACUUUCCGUCGAAGACGAUGGAGACGAAAAAUGGCUCCAUCAGAGACACAUGGUGCAGCAGCUAUCUUUAAACUCGAAGGUGCUUUGGGAGCAGACACUAGUGUCGAUGACGGAGAAGGGAAGAGUUCAGACAAAACCAAGGAGUCAGCUACAAGGGUGUUUGGUGCCAAUACACCACUUGUUUCCUGCUACUUUGACAGAGUAUAUACUUACCACCUUCGCUGUUACGUCUACCAGGCAAGAAAUCUCAUGGCUUUAGACAAAGACAGUUUUUCAGAUCCGUACGCUCAUGUUUCUUUCCUCCAUCAAAGCAAAACAACUGAGGUCAUUCAUUCAACACUAAAUCCUACAUGGGACCAAACUCUCAUAUUCAAUGAAAUUGAGAUCUAUGGGGACCCACAGGCAGUAGCCCAAAACCCGCCUAAUGUUGUUAUUGAACUUUUUGACAGUGACCAAGUGGGUAAAGAUGAAUUCCUUGGAAGAAGUGUUUGUUCCCCAAUGGUCAAGUUAAUCCCAGAAGAGGACAUCACACCAAAACUGCUCUGGUAUCCUGUGACAAAUAAUGGCAAAGCUAGUGGAGACAUUCUUUUUGCUGCUGAACUUAUUUUGAGGGACAAGGGUGGUGCCAACCUUCCAAUUCUUCCAUCACAGAGAGCACCAAAGCUUUUCAUGGUACCUCAAGGAAUCAGACCAGUAGUUCAACUCACUGCUGUUGAGAUUCUGGCUUGGGGGUUGCGGAACAUGAAAAACUACCAACUGGCACCUGUUAUGUCUCCGAGUCUCAUUGUGGAAUGUGGGGGUGAAAUGGUGGAAUCUGUGGUGAUCAAAAACCUCAAGAAGACACCAAAUUUUCCAUCUUCUGUUCUCUUCAUGAAAGUUCUUUUGCCAAAAGAGGAGUUAUACAGCCCGUCUCUUGUUAUUAAAGUAAUAGACCACAGAUCAUUUGGACGGAAGCCCAUUGUUGGACAGUGUACUAUUGAUUUACUGGAGAACUUUCGCUGUGACCCCUACGCUGCUAAAGAAGACAUUGCACCACAACUAAAAGUUAGUCUACUGUCUGCUGCACCUCGCCAGGAUACGGUAAUUGAAAUGGAAGACACACAGCCACUGCUAGCAGCUCAGUGUUUAAGCAGUAUGUCAACAGCACUCAGCAAAAUGGCUUCUCCAACAACAGUGCAUCUUACAGAAAAGGAGGAAGAAAUUGUUGAUUGGUGGAGCAAAUUUUAUGCUUCGGUAGGAGAACAUGAAAAAUGUGGACAAUAUAUUAAAAAAGGAUACGACACUUUAAAGGUGUAUGACUGUGAAUUGGAAAAAGUACCUGAAUUUAAUAGCUUAACAGACUUCUGUGAUACAUUUAAGCUAUACAGAGGCAAAUCUGAGGAUGGCGAUGAUCCGUCAGUGGUUGGGGAAUUCAAGGGAUCCUUUAAAAUCUAUGCAUUACCUGAUGACCCCACUAUUCCAGCUCCUCCUCGCCAGUUCCGUGAGCUACCAGACAGCGGGCCUCAGGAGUGUAUUGUGCGAAUUUAUAUUGUUCGAGCUUUGCAGCUUCAACCCCAGGAUAAUAAUGGGCUGUGUGAUCCUUAUAUAAAAAUAUCCCUAAGUAAAAAAGUAAUUGAAGACAGAGAUAAUUAUGUGCCUAAUACUCUCAACCCAAUUUUUGGCAGAAUGUAUGAACUCAGCUGCUUCUUGCCUCAAGAAAAGGAUCUGAAAAUUUCAGUCUAUGACUAUGACACAUUGACUCGUGAUGAAAAAGUGGGUGAAACCAUCAUUGAUCUUGAGAACAGAUUCCUUUCUCGUUAUGGAUCUCACUGUGGCAUCCCACAGCAAUAUUGCAUUUCAGGUGUGAAUACCUGGCGUGAUCAACUAAAACCAACCCAGAUAUUGCAAAAUGUAGCCAGGUUUAAAGGCUAUGCUCCUCCUGUCCUCUCUGAGAAUGGUAGAAAGAUUAACUACGGGGGACGAGACUAUACUUUGGAGGAAGCUGAAGCUAACAAAGUUUUGCAUCAGCAUCUCGGUCCAGGUGAAGAGCGGCUAGCCCUUCAUAUUCUCAGAACCCAGGGUUUGGUACCUGAACAUGUGGAGACAAGGACCUUGUAUAGCACCUUCCAGCCCAACAUCUCCCAGGGGAAGCUUCAGAUGUGGGUUGAUGUUUUCCCUAAAAGCUUAGGACCUCCUGGCCCGCCCUUCAACAUCGCUCCCCGAAAAGCCAAGAAGUAUAUCUUGCGGGUGAUUGUCUGGAACACCAAAGAUGUCCUUCUGGAUGAAAAGAGCAUCACAGGGGAAGAAAUGAGUGACAUAUACGUGAAGGGGUGGAUGCCUGGUAAUGAAGAAAAUAAGCAGAAAACUGAUGUUCACUACCGAUCACUGGAUGGUGAAGGGAACUUUAACUGGAGAUUUGUUUUUCCUUUUGACUAUCUCCCAGCAGAGCAACUCUGUGUAGUUUCCAAAAAGGAAUAUUUUUGGAGCCUUGACAAGACAGAAUUCAGAAUCCCACCCAAACUGAUCAUUCAAAUAUGGGAUAAUGACAAGUUCUCCUUGGAUGACUAUCUGGGCUUUGUGGAACUUGAUUUACAUAAAACAAUCAUUCCAGCAAAAGUCCCAGAGAAGUGCAAUAUAGACAUGAUUCCAGAAUACAAGGCAGGCACUUCUCAGAAGGCUCCCAGAACUGCCUCUCUCUUUGAACAGAAAUCCAUGAAAGGAUGGUGGCCAUGUUAUGUGGAAAAGGAUGGCUCCCGUAUUUUAGCGGGUAAAGUUGAAAUGACAUUGGAAGUUGUCAAUGAAAAAGAAGCUGAGGAAAGGCCAGCUGGUAAAGGAAGAGAUGAACCCAACAUGAACCCCAAACUAGAUCUACCGAACCGACCAGAUACUUCCUUCCUUUGGUUUACAAAUCCCUGCAAGACAAUGAAAUUUAUUGUGUGGCGCAGGUUUAAAUGGCUCUUUAUAGGCCUUAUCAUCUUGCUGAUUUUACUCUUGUUUGUAGCAGUACUCCUCUAUUCAUUGCCGAACUAUUUGUCAAUGAAGAUCGUGAAACCAAUUUAAAGAAGAGUUUUUUACCUCAUCUUUUUAAAUAGUAAUGAGGUUUUGCCUCAGGCUGUGGACCAAAUUCAGCAAGGCUCUCCAUCCUUUUUAUCUGCUAGUAUUUGGAACUGUAAAAUAGAUAAGUAAGAAUUUAACCAAGGUUAGCCAAGGUUCAAGGGGUCAUGACAGGUGUUUUUAAAAAGCAAAGGAUAAACUCCUUCAUGUUUCAUGUACAUUUUUACUUCAGUAGUUUCUAUGCAUGGUAAAGGUCUGACUUCCUUGCUUUUAAACUAGAUUUUUCAUAAAACUCUCUCAGGAGGCUGCCUGCCUCAGGAGGCUAUCUCUGUUUUUUAAUGAACACUUCCUUUUAAGAUUUCCUUUCUACUGGGCACACUUUGAAACUUUGCAUUUUAACUUAAUGAAAAACAAGCACUACUUAUAAUUAUGUAUACCAAAGAAACCUCACAAUGCAAUCAAAGAAGGGUCAGGCAUUUCUGGGAAAGUUUCAUCAUGCUGCUUAAAAUUCUUCGUUACUGCACUGUAGACUUGACAACAACUGCAUGCACAUAGAAAUAAAUAAAUAAUAAAUACUGUUUACUUAGUAUAACUUACAAAUGUUUAAAUAAACUUAUCUACAA